AUGCAUUUAUGUAUUUUGUGGACUUUGGGCUUCAUUGCAACAGCAUUUGCAGCAGCAUCAGGCAUCUCAUCCUCUCACAUUAGAGAUAACAGUGAGCUAGCCUUUGAACACAAAAACAACAGUGGCGUCUUGGCAAGACACGAAGAAGUCCACGACGAUCAUGUUAAGGAUGAAAAAGGCGACAAUGAACACUACAAGCACAAUAGUGAGAAAGGCCAUGACAAGGACUACAACUUUGACCACGACAAAUUCGACAUUUACGCUGGACCUGAAGGCGACGAUUUAGGUGGCGAACUCAAGACAUUCUACUUCAACAUUACGGAAGUUCGUACAUCUCUCACUGAAGGCCAACCACGCUUCCAUUACGCUCUCAAUGAUCAGCCUUACGGUGAAGCAAUCAUCUUCAACGAGGGUGACGAGGUUCAGUUCAUCUUCGACAACUACGCGUUCGAGGAGACGACCAUUCACUUGCACGGACUUUUACAACAACUCACACCAUGGUCUGAUGGUGUUCCGGGUGUAAACCAAGGAGCAAUCCCUCAAAACAAACGUUUCAUAUACCGAACCCGUGUUCUUGAGCAGCAUGGGUUAUACUGGGGCCAUUCGCAUCUUCGAGAGCUAUACGCUGACGGUCAGACUUUCCCAUUCUACGUCAGACCAGCUCCUAACCGUCCUAAGCCAUUUGGACUUCUCACCGACGACCCAGAUGAGAUCGCGACGCUGGAGGCAAUGAACGACAACCCAACCAUCAUUAGCUUGAGCGACUACUCGGUGAUGCCUACCGAGGAGAAGAAGGUAGCCACGUUCGAUUGGGCAUUUGGAUUCCUCUGCUUCGACGCCAUUACCAUCAACAAUGUCGGUCGUCAGAACUGCCCUGGCAGUGAGUACCUUCAGACUCUCACGGGAUCAGACACCACCACCGACAAGGGCUGUCUUAAUCCAAACGUCAUUACCAACACCACUGGCCUCUUUGACGACGACAUCUGGUACAACUGCAACGAAACCAACACUGAACCACCUGUGUUCGAGUUCAACUAUGAAGAUGGCUGGGGUGUUAUCCACUUCCUCAAUCACGCCGAGCACUGGGAUCUGAUCGUAUCUGUUGAUGAGCAUGAAGUAUUUACUUUCGCAGCAGAUGGCAACUUCCACGAGCCAAUAGUCAACGAUGCUUUCAUAAUAGGUGUUUCAAACCGUCUCGGUAUCGCGUUCAGGCUCGACAAGCCUGGUGAAUAUGUCAUGAGAGUUGCAGCAUACCAAGACCCACAGGUUAUCUCCGGAUAUGCGAUUGUUAAAUACGGACUGGAUAAGGCAGCAUCAAUAGAAUACACGCAAGAGACUGGUUUCCCAGCACUUCCUAAAUCUCAGCCUUUCAUCGAUUACGCGGGUAUCGCAGUUUCGAACGAGACCCGUAUUAUGGACAAUCUAGCUCUUCGCUCUUGGCCAAACUCCCUCGUACCAAAAGCAGGCGAGGCAGCUGACGUACUUCUUAGACUCGACUUCAACGCCUCGGGUACCUUGUUUUGGGAAGUCGCGGGUGAACUGUACAAUCCACUGCUAGAAAUGUCUCAGCCACCGGUGCUGAUGAAUCCAGAUUACUACCUGGACUUGAACUUCUCCAUUGCCGAAUAUCCUGCUGGGUCUGUGGUCGACAUUGUACAUCAAACUGCUCCUGGAAACCCAAGACAUCCAAUCCACAAGCACUUCGAGCCUGUGUAUGUUUUGGGUGCCGGUAUUGGUCCAUUCAACUUCUCGUCCGUACCGGAAGCUGAAGCAGCUGGAUUACCGAUCACAUGGGACUCGCCACCGCUUCGAGACGGAUGGUUGACAAUAGCAGCUCCUCCAGAUGACUUCUCCUGGAUGGUUGUUCGUUACGAGGGCGCCAUUGCAGCUGCAGUCCUCCUCCACUGUCACAUCCUGGAGCACCAGAACAACGGAAUGGCUUACGCGUUAGCUCAAGGACCAGAAUCCUUCCCAGAAGCGCCAGACUACUACAAGCUGAGAGCUAACGGUAAAGCGCCCUAUACCCCGAUUGAGUUCAGUGACGCGGACAUCACAAUCCCUGUACUCCUCAACGACUUCGCUUAG